GAGUGUCUGUGACGAGAAUAAACGUGACUUUUUUCGCGUUACGCCGAAGGGGGUGUUUGGCUGUCGUCGCUGUGGCUGUUGCUGUGUGUAAGUCUAUUAGUUAGUUGUGUUUGUUAUUGUGAUUACACAAGAAUCUGUGAAAAGAAAUAUUACCUCCACUCCCACAAUGAGUGCAAAGAAGAAGCACAUCUUUGGAGAAAGAGAAGUAAUAAAGAGUGAAGAUACGCUGACACGUGAAGAUAUGAUGAAAAGAGUGAUUUUUUCUCAAGCUCAUAAGGAAAUAAAGACUGAAGAUCUGGUCCCAACACAUGUCGUACACUCAAGAGUAACUGAUGCUAUUGCAAAGCGAGAAGCGGCAGAAAAUGUGUCUGAACCUGAACCUCUUUGUGGAUACCAGGAUUUCCAGAAAGGAAGAGGAUAUCCUGAUGAGCCCAGAAAGCACAGAGAUGAGUCGUUAAUGUCAGAAGAAUUCGAUCUUACUUCAGAUGUACCUUUAAGAGCAAUAACUGCUAGAAGCUUAGUUCAAAAACUGAAAGUUACUACAAUCCGUACACCUGAAGAAACAGAGGGUCGUCACGCUCAAACCGCCAGAAAAAAGAGGAUGAAGAAACCUGACCUUAUCAGUCAAUACGAAUUGAUUCGACGUGCAUAUUCAGAUAAAUGUUUGAUGUAUUUGGUUUUUGCUGUAACACCUGAUUCCGUGUAUUACACUCCGUAUUCCCUUAAAAUUGUCACUUUUGACGACAUAGAGAGCUACAAUUACAUGACUAUGAGUCGAACUGGAGUCUCCCAAUAUCAUCCUGAUGGAGUGAUGUAUACUACUUUAGAAGAGUGGAAAGAAGAAUAUGAUAUGUAUCUCGAUGUUAUUCGCAUCCCAGCUUUUCGUCAGUUUCGUAUGUGGAAAUCAUUCUGGAUAUGGAGAAAAGCUGUAAAAUGGGCUAAAAUGUGCCUUGCUCGAAAUAUACUAUUGGAAGAACUGUUAAUAUUAAACAAAGAAAUCAGAGUAUCUCUUAUGGAUAUUCAAGCAAUGUGUUGCACAAUGGACAACGUUUCCUUCAUAAACAUGAAAAAAGAAGAACAUUUUGCGAUUUUUGAUUACAUGGAAAUUCAGCUAGGAAAAGUGGAAAAUACGAUGGUUAAAAUACACGAGUAUCACCAAAUUGUGAAACAAAUAGUUACUACUUCAUGCUACGGGGCUCUGACGUCAAUAGGCUUUACAAUAGAUGAUAGUAACUUCUUGCCCCCUGAAGCUUGUGCGCCGAGCGCUCGCCGCAACGUGCGGGAUAAACGUCAAAGAAUGCAGUACAUUGACCAAGCGAAUAAAAAGAAAUUCUGCAAACGUCUUACGUGUAACUACAAUAAAAAUAAAUAUAAUUUU